GGAGUUUAGAUGAAGGUGUGUUGCGAAUAUACCACCCAAUCACCACACACACACACGACCAAAAUACUUUUGUGCACGAACUAUUGUGUGGCUUGGCACGCGUACCACUCGCUCCCGUACAAAACAGAAAAGGUGUUCAAUAACUCUGUAUUCAUCGAAACUUUUCAUCGACUUGGCGCCCGAUAAAGGCCAAUUCAUCCUUCGAAAGAGGAGAAUAUUCUGAAAGGAUACCUGAGGUGGUUUGUUUGAGCUGAAUGCUAGCGCAAUCGCAGCCAUUUGUCGUCAUGGGGAAGGAAAAAGUUGUCGCGAUUAUGAGGAAUAUCGAGGAGCACCAGCAGAGAGUGGAACGGCACUCGCAGAUAGAUUCCAAUGGUGAAACUGUUGAUGAAGUCCUCAACGUGAACCCUUCCUACUUGGAGUGCCACGGAUGCAAGGAGUCCAUCAAGGAUCGCUACUUCUUAAGAGCUCUUGAUAAAUACUGGCACGAAGACUGUCUUUCCUGUGACCUUUGCCAGUGCCGACUGGGGGAAGUCGACUGUCACAUGUACAGCAAGCUUGGAAGGAAGCUCUGCAAGCGGGAUUAUCUCAGAUUAUUUGCCCCUAGCGGAGUGUGUUCAGCUUGCAACCGUGCGAUCCCCGCAUACGAACUCGUCAUGACAACCUCUUCCGAAUGCCGCUACCACUUGGAAUGCUUCAAGUGUUCGCAGUGCGACAAGCAUUUCUGCGUCGGGGACAAAUACUUCUUGGUUGGGUCGAAGAUUAUGUGUGAAGAUCACUGUUAAGGGCCAUCUAUUCCCUCCCACCCCAUUUACAUGCGAACUUGGUUGGUGAUAAACUGAUUGAUGAUCUUUUUCUUGUGUGAAUGAGAUGAGUGUUGCAGAUGGAAAACAACCAUUGCCCAAGGAUAAUGGUGCUAUGUCAGGAACGAAAACCUUCGCAUCCUGGCUAAGAACUUCAGGGUCCAAAGAUUUGUCCUUUGGUCAAGGAUGUGACUUUGAUACGACCACUGCCUUAUUUAUUCAGAUGAACUGACAGAACUUUUCCCAGAUACAUCCAAGAAACUGGUUCCAAUCAAUAAGUCUAGGAAAUGUAGCUUGAGUGAGAUGAACUUGUCCCGUUUUAAAAAAGUUAACUGGCAACUUCAUUUGAGGGACUUGACGACUUUGUAUGUGAGCAGCUUCUUGUUUUAACCUAAUGCUAACUGGUACUGAUUGGACAAUGUAAAAAGUCUAUAAAAGAAUUCAGUUGUCAAGGGCAUAAGGUUGAACUUUAAUAUAUCUGCUUGUAUCUAGCAUGUUGCAUUCACUUGCCAUCAGAGAUAGAGUUGAGAACUAUCUCUAAAUCAUUAUGCCUUCUUGCUGUUGGACUGAGACACUUGCACAAAUGUCGAGGGAGAUUCGUUUUAUCCUCUGGUCUUGUGACUUGAACCUGCCCGUAUCGGCUCCAUCACUGAUCACCAUUAUCAGCUAUUCUUCGGUUGGCACAAUAUAUUCAUGAAAGAAUAGUCUUCAGUUUUUGUAGAAUGUGAUUCGUGUUUGUAGUUUUAAUCUUGCAUGAUUGAUCGUAGGAUGUUAAGACAUUCCAAUUAUCAUACGUUACAUUCCGCUGUACAUACAAACAACCAAUGUAGAAUUCAUCAAACCUUAUGUUUUCAUUCAUUUUUUUUUAGGUCGCAAGCACAACUAAUGUCACGUCCGAAAUGUUGGACAGAAUCACAUACCUGUCAAACGUGAGGGUUCGUCAACUUGUCGAUGUUUCAUAAAGCUGUUAGUAAUUUAAGAGCCACUUUAAGAACGACUGGUGAACCUUUCUUUUACAUGCUUAACUAUCGCCAAUGAACAUUUUGGUGUAUGCCAUUUACCACAAGAAAGGAUCACCAGUUACUGUUCAUAAAGUAGCUAUUAACUUAUGAACAGCUUUAUGAAACACCCGCCAGGUUUGAAAAAAGAAUCAGAGCCAAAACAAAUUGGACGGUUACUUAUAAUUCAUUUAUUUAUAUCAUUCUGAUCACAAUAUGCAUAUAAAAGUUACUUGUAAGUAAUAUUUAGUUUCUUAAUAUUCACGUUAAAAAGAUAUCUAUUCAUAUUUAAAAACAAGUUAAACACAUGGUGGAUUAAGUGUAUUGUAAUAACACACACUUUUGGGGUAAAAUGAUUAGGCAAAUUAGAUGAUUUUCAUCUUACUUCAUGAUUCCAUUCAUCAAAGUAAUUUGGUAUUUUCAUAUUCAUUGAUACUGUAUAUAUAAUGUGAAUUGUAUCAUUUUUUUAAGAUCUACAUUGUAAGUAAGUACAAAGAAGCUGGAAUAUUAUCUUUUUGUUUAGAAAGCACAAAUUAUUCAAAGUGAUCUUUUGCUCUUUGCAUUUUUUUCUGUAUAUUUCCAAAUUAAUUCGUGAAAAUAGUGAUUGUCACUUAUUACAUUAACACUGCAUUUUCAUUGCACCCUUAAUUAAUAAAAUAAGCUUUGAAAGCUUUAGGAUUCAUCACUACCUGUUUUUUUCCAAAAUACUACUUCCCAACUAAGAUAUAAUGCAAAGGAAUAGUGGUCCAUAAUUUUUUACAUAAACAUGUCAUUUCACAAGUGCUUUUAUAAGAUAUGGUUGAUCGAAUCUGACCAAUCAUCUUUUAGUUCUAUUAUUUAAAUGAUAUUCUUAUCUAUGGUAUAAAUAAUAUUGCCCCUUUUCAACCAAGUGAGGUUUGAUUUAUAUUCGUGUUUGAGUUUUCUUUUAAAGAUCACAGCGAUAUAUUCCAGAAGUAUUCAAGAAGACUGCUCAAUUCAUCUGGCAGUGUAUUCACAAUAUUUUUAGCAAGUAAGCAUACAUUUUUAUAAGGAAAGCCUUAAUAUUCAUAUAUUUAUUUAGGACCCUUAAUAUAACUGAUUUUACUAUAUAUUUGCUAAUUGUGUAGGAACUAGAAAUUACAAGGUGUAUUUGUAUGUCCCAAGUGUGCUACAUUCCAGAAUUAUAUUUUUAAUUUACCAGAUAUAUAUCAAUUUCAUUAAUCAUAGUGAUCAUUUUUAUUUUUAAAUAUAUAUUUGUUGAAUAUUGAUAGAAUAUUCAAUCUACAAUGCAUAUAUGCUAAAUCAGCUGAGUUAUGUGUGCUGUUACAUGAUUUUUCAUUUAUUACUUACAUGUAUUAGUCUUUGUAAAAAGUUAUAAACUUUCAUACAUUUACAAACAAUAUUAGGUGCUUUGCACGAAUGAAAAAGACUCUAUACAUGAGUUUCAAUGAGUCUUGGUGUGUGUUUAAUAAAGCUGUUCAUACAUGCAAGUUACAAGCGAAUUUACAAGGGACUGGUGAUCCUUUCUUGUGGUAAAUGAUAUACACCAAAUUUUCAUGGAUGUUGAUUUAGCUCAUGAGAAAGGAUCACCAGUCGUUCUUAAAGUCACUCUUAACUUAUGAACAGCUUUAUGAAACUCCCACCUGCAAUGAUGUACGUGUAGCUUUGUAAUGUGUUGUACAUGUUAAUUUUUAUUUUGCUAAUGCUACGUUACAGUUAAUACUAAACUUUAACAAAAUUAGACAUUUUGUACAAUAUUAAUUCUCAAUAUAUCAAUGUAUUUUACAUUUUUAAUAAUUGUUUUAUUAUAUUUUAUAGCUAUAUUUUGUGUAAAUGUAUAGAAUGUUAUGUAUGUGAGUGACAUGGAUAAGGUACCCGAGUUACAUGAGUUUUAUUGGGAUCCUUUCCAUGAGAUGAUUUUUAAUAAGAUGAAUAUACAUACACCAGUCCUGUGACCUAUAUAUAUGUACAUCCUUAUAGUCAUACCACAACUUUUAAAUACUUAAUGGGGGUGUUUCACAACGAUUUAAGUGUGACUUACAUGUAGAGUUGCACUUAGAUUCCCAGUUGCAUGUAGCCUUUAGCCAAGGCACUGGGCUUUGAUAUUUCCCAAAAUGCACCAUCAAUGCGUGUGAAUACAUAUAGACUAAGAUCCAAGGCACACCAGCAUGGUCCAACCAUCACCCUUGUUAACGCACUGUGCCCUAGUCUAUUUUCCAAACCCUAUUGGGCGGACAAGUAGCGUGCAAGGACUUGCCCAAAGGCUAAGUUGCAUGCCAUGUUAUCCAAGUAGGCAUCACCUCAUUGGUCAAAUCAUGCUGAGAGGAUGUGCUACUGCGUACCAAUCAAUAUGAUUGCACGUUAAUAAUCAUGUUCAUGUCAGCAUUUAAAGCAGGAUUCUAAUGGAGCAAUGCAAGAAACUAAACUUGCAAUUGAUCGCAAGUCAAUGUUAGGUCCAAAAAUCAAUUCAAAGUCAUGCAUUUACAUGUACAUGUAACUGCAAAUAUGUGAUUGAUUGAAGGUCUGCUUCUUGCAGUAUAAGCUGGUUUCCUUUAGUUAAAUUGAUCAAUCAAUUGUGAAUUCGGAUUGGAAAUUUGCUAUUGAUUGCAAUUUUGCAACACAUCCCUUUGUGAAACACCACCAUAUCUCCUACAAAAUAAUCAUGAAGCAACAUCUCUGUAAUAAAAGCAUACAGUGUGUAGAAUGCAUUCAUGUAUAACACACAAUUGAAUAAGUAUAGCAUAGCUUAAGGAUAAAUGGCAAAAUGAAAAAUGGCAAUUGAAAGGACCCAUGUACAGAACAACAUUUCACAAAAAAUAGUUACACUUACAAUUUUCCUCUUUGAGGAUAUGAUACAUGAAUAUUCAUGUGCAUUAUAGAUUAUUUCAGAUUGAAAAGAAUUUGGACUAAAUGGCCGUAUCUGAUUGCAUUAGCUAGCUAGUCUUCACAAUCCUAUAAAUUUGCAGUGAUGGUACAUUAUACAUAGAAUGUAAAUGUAAAUGCUGUACAUUAAACUAGAAUAAAAGUGUUUAAGUAAAAAUUGUGUUUGUGACUCAUUCAAUGACUGUACAUAGAAUAAAAACUUUUUAAUUCAUCAAAUA